CGGGAGAGAUCGUGCGCGCUCUCAACGAUGUGGUUGAGAGUGGGAAGGUGCGAUACAUUGGCGCCAGCUCAAUGGCAGCCUGAGAGCUGCAGAUGCUCAACAACGUUGCCGAGAAGCACGGAUGGCACAAGUUUAUCAGCAUGCAGAACUACCACAACCUCAUCUACCGCGAAGAAGAGCGGGAGAUGCACCCUUACUGCGACUACGCCGGCAUCAGACUCGUUCCAUGGCCCCCCUUAGCAACUGGCAUCCUGGCACGUCCUUGAUCACAGAUUGGCACUACAGAGCGUGCGCAAAAGAACAGUAUCUGUCGUACAUGUAUCAGGACGAAGACAAAGCUAUAGUGAACCGCGUGGAAGAAGUCAGCAAGAGGUUCGGCCAAAGUAUAGCAAAUGUGGCCACUGCUUGGAGUCUGAAGAAGGGCGUGAAUCGGAUUCUUAGGCUCAACUCGAUUGAGAGGAUUGAUGAGGUGGUGGGUGCAGUCGGACUGGAGUUGAGUGAGGACGAUGUCAAGGCGCUCGGGGAGCCGUACAAGGCGAGGGCUGUUGCACCCAUGUGGUAGACUCAAACGUUCACGUACUCGAUUUGCAGCGAUACUAGAUGGCUCACUCACGCACCCACAGG